AUGGUAUUAGUUUGGGGACGAUACGAUAAAGUCGGGGUGCCAACUUCACGGCCGUCUUCCCUGGACCAUGGUAAUUUUUUGGAAAUUAUUCUUCUGCUAAGUAAAUAUGAUGAAGUUAUAAAAUGUCACUUGGAUAAAGUUAUAAAAAAAAGUACUAAGAGUCACAAUGCAGGUUCUUCUCAAGGAGGCGGGAUUAUCACACUAUUGUCAAAGACCACCAUUAAUUAUAUUGUUGAAGCUAUCUGUCAAAAAAUCAAAUUUGUAAUGUCUGAAGAAAUUUUAAAGGCCGGAAUGUAUACUGUUCAACUAGAUACAACUCAAGAUAUUUCUGUAGUUGACCAAUGUUCUGUUAUUAUUCGCUAUGUCAGUGGUACUACUAUUCAUGAAAGAUUAGUUGGUAUUGUCAAAUGUACUUCUAGUAAAGGAAUUGAUAUGCUUGAAUUAAUUUUGAAGGUUUUCAAUAGCUUGAACUUGGAUUCCAAAAAAUGUGUUGGUAAUGCUACUGACGGAGCAGCAAAUAUGCAGGGGGAGUACCGUGGAUUUUCUGCUCAGCUGAGUAAUGUGGCAAAUAAUCAAAUACAUAUAUGGUGUUAUGCCCAUGUUUUAAACCUCGUUAUUGGUGAUGUAACCAAUAAAAUUCUUCAGUCUAUUAAUUUGUUUGGAAUACUCAAUGGAUGUGCUGUUUUUAUUAAAGAAUCUCAUAAGGGUAUGGAUGUGUGGACUAAUAAAGAAAAGAAUAAACGAAUAUGUUCUAUAGGAGAGACUAGAUGGUGGUCUAAACAUAGUGCAUUAUCUAAAGUGUUUGGUCAUUUCAAGCAUCCAGAACCUGGUUUAUUUGUGGAACUUAUAACUACAUUAAUUGAAAUUAAAAAUAACAUUUCUAUUACAGCUGAUGCUCGGUAUAAAGCGAUAGGUUUGAUAGAAGGAUUAUGCAAGUAUGAAACUAUUUUAACAGCUCAAAUUUAUUUGCGGAUUUUUCAAAAAACUACUCCACUUUCUAAGUAUUUACAAGGUCAUGGAGUAAAUAUGAUGACAUCUUUUCAAAUGGUUCAGUCAACACUUGAAGAGCUUAAACUUGAUGCACGUGACUUCUCAAGUGUCAAGGAAGCAGCAGACAAUUUUGUUACUUGGGCAAAUAAUAAAUUAGAAGUUGAAGAUAGUGAAGUAGAAGUUGGUCAUAGUUUUCCAGAAACUAGAAAAAAAAAAAAACACGGCAAUUUUCCUAUGAAUCAACUUAUGAUCCACUACAUGACCCACUGCAUGCAUCUGAAGUCAAUGUUUAUAAUUUAA